AUGUCUGUCAUCUCGACUCCCAUCACCGAUUUAUUCGGCAUCAAACACCCGAUUCUCUUAGCAGGAAUGAACGUAGCCGCUGGUCCCGAACUAGCCGCUGCUGUAUCCAAUGCUGGAGGAUUAGGUGUGAUAGGUGGAUUGGGAUACACACCGAAGCAUCUCAGAGGAAUAAUCAAAGAACUGAAAUCAUCUUUAGACAAACCCGAUUUACCAUUCGGUGUAGAUCUCUUGAUUCCUUCUACAGCUCCUACAGCUCGAAAGACAAAUUACGAUUAUACCAAAGGUAAACUUGACGAAUUGAUCGAUGUGAUCAUUGAGGAAAAAGCGAAACUAUUCGUUUGUGCUGUUGGUGUACCUCCUAAAGAUGUUGUGGAGAGAUUACAUAAAGCUGGUAUAUUAGUUAUGAACAUGGUAGGAGCUCCGAAACAUGUGACGAAAGCUCUGGAUGUAGGAGUCGAUCUAAUCUGUGCUCAGGGUGGUGAAGGAGGUGGACAUACCGGUACGACAGCUACAUCAAUCUUGAUACCUGCAUGUGUGGAUUUGUGUAAAGGAAGAACAUCACCUUUGACCGGUCAGCCUGUCCACGUGAUUGCCGCAGGAGGUAUAUACGAUGGAAGAGGUUUAGCUGCGUCAUUGAUGCUAGGUGCUCAAGGUGUAUGGGUAGGGACGAGAUUUGUCGCGUCUACCGAAGCUGCUGCUCCGAAGAAACAUAAAGAUCUGAUAUUGAGUGCCGAUCACGGUGAUGCUGGAACUACCUUGAUCUACACUGGUAGACCCCUAAGAGUCAGACAAACGGAUUAUGUUAAAUCGUGGAAUGAAAGACAGGAUGAAAUUAUUGCUCUCACCAAGCAGGGCAAGAUCCCGCACGAUUUAGAGAUGGAGAAACAUCCCGAGAAGUCGAUUCAAGCUAGGUCGUGGUUGAUGGGCGAUGUCAGCGCUUUGAUCAAGGACGUAAAACCUGCCAAGGAGAUUAUCGAUGAUAUGGUCAACGGGGCUAAACAACAUAUUGAAAGAGGAUAUGGAUUCGUCAAUGGGAAUGGGAAUGGAAAUGCAGUGAGAGCGAGGUUGUAA